AUGCACUAUUAUGGGGAGAGGUACAAACAACUGUACCUGCCGGGCUCCAGCUACGUCACCGAAAGCCACCAGCAUUGCACAUCCCAACCUGAUGCAUGCAGCACCACAUGCCACCCGCUGAGCAUCAUCAAGAGCCCGAUGCCCAGAUGGCAGAGCUACGUGCAGCCUUUCACCUACGUGUGCUCACAGCCCAGCGUGACCCACAGCACGCUGCUGCCCUGCCAGCCCUGUGUGCAGCAGUGUGUCGUGCUGUGCCCGGAGCCCUGCGAGACCACAUGUCUGCUGCCCUGCAGGAAGCCCAGCGUGCGGCUCAGCCCUGCACAAGCUCUGCAGUCCUGUGAGAACGGCCACUUGGAGAAGAAACGCGUGGCCAAGAGCCUCCCACCCUGUGCUCCACGGUGCCCAGAGCCAGGCAAGCUCAAGUUCCCACCGUGUGGAAUCAGGUAUUCAUCCUCCUGCAAGGAUGAAUGCAGGUCAAGGAAGGUCUCCAGGUGCUUGUCACAGCGGUAUGCUGCGGAGAACCGCUGCCUGCAGGGGAUGACCAGCGGCUAUUCCCUGCCACUUCAGGGGGUCACCGAGUGCCCCCCGCAGCAGUGCACGACACAGUGCUUCCUGGAGGAGUACAUCAGCCCCUUUCCCCACCAGAAGUGCUCCAAGGGGUACCCAACGCAGGAGUGCAUCACCACCUGCACUCCACAGCAGGUGCCCAAGUGCCCCCCCGGCAGCGGGGCCAAGGUGAGCUCAUCCCAGCAGCGCCUGGCCAAGUGCUCGCUGCUGCAGGAGGGAGCCAAGCAUAAGAGCUCAUCGACUCAGCACAUCAGCAAGUCCAAGUGCCUCCACCCUUGUGCCAUCCAGCGCUCACCGCGGCACCAUGCGGGGGAUGCGAAGCGUUCCAGCCACUCCAAGAAGAGCCGCUGUGCUUCCAAAUGGCUCUGGUGA